AUGGGAGAUCGUUCGCAUACGUCUAGAUUAGCUUCUUAUAAAAAUGCUGGACAUGGAACUACGGAGCUAAGGCGUAAACGUGCAGAGUUAAGCGUGACUCUCAGGAAGCAAGCUCGCGAUGAACAGCUCCAAAAGCGCAGGGCCAUGUCGCCAGAAGCUGGUGAAGAGGUCCACGAGACGGAGAAGUCCUUGCCUCCAGUUGAAAUUAUACAAGGUCUCAGAGCCUCUGACCUGGUAACAAAGACAACAGCAGCUCGGGCAGCCAGAAGGAUGCUCUCAAGGGAACAAAACCCACCAAUAUCUACCCUGGUGGAUGCGGGUGUAAUAAAACCUUUGGUCGACGCCCUAGAUAGAGAUGAUUGUCAAGAUCUACAGUUUGAAGCAGCGUGGGCCCUCACUAACAUUGCUUCGGGCACUCAUGAUCAUACAAUGGCUGUUAUAAACGGUGGUGCCAUACCGAAACUAAUAGCAUUACUGGCUCGAGGCGGUGUAGUGGGGGAGCAGAGUGCUUGGGCGUUGGGCAAUAUUGCUGGGGACGGGGCUGCGCCCCGCGAUAUGGUCCUGCAGGCCGGAGCCCUACCAGCCCUACUGCCUCAUCUCACACCUAAUACACCUGCCAGUCAGCUGAGGACUGCUGCUUGGACUUACAGCAAUUUGUGCAGAAACAAGAACCCUCUGGUGAAAUUCGAAUUGGUGGCUCCAGCGUUGCCAUAUGUGUCAGAACUGCUCACCGUUAACGAUCAAGAUGUUUUGGCGGACACUUGCUGGGCCUUAUCCUACCUGACAGACGGACCCAAUGAGAGAAUAGAAGAAGUCCAAACCACAAAACACCUACUACCCCGUCUGGUUAAGCUACUCCAGCACAAGUCACCAGCUGUCCGCACACCAGCUCUUCGAGCGGUUGGGAAUAUGCUGACUGGAUCCGAUUUACAGACUGAUCGCUGUCUAGAAGCAGGCUGUCUAGAUUACUUAUCAGCACUUCUCCGCUGUGGCAAAGCUUCCCUUGUGAAAGAAGCAGCUUGGGCGGUCAGCAAUGUUCUUGCCGGUACCCAAGUUCAAAUCCAACAGGCCAUAGAUAAGGGCUUACUAGAACAUCUAGUGUUUGUGCUGACCACUGAGGAUAUUAAAUGCCAAAAGGAAGCCGCAUGGGCUAUAACUAACCUCUGUCUGGGGGGAACCCCCGCACAGUUAGAUGCACUCAUACAGGCUGGUUUCUUGGAACCGUACUGCGCUUUACUCGGGUCACCGGAUCAAAGGGCUGUCACUGUUGUUUUGGAUGGGAUCACGCAUUUGUUACAGGCUGCUGCUAAGUUUGGUCAAGUGGAACCUUUGUGUAUCAAGUUAGAAGAAAUUGGUGCUUUAGACCGCAUUGAGUCAUUGCAAGAGCAUGAUAAUGAACAGAUCUACAAAAAAUGCCUUCACAUUCUCGAUAACUAUUUCAUGGAGCAAGAGGAUCAAAACGCUCAGCCUCAGGAGACAGGAGAUGAAUAUCAGUUCGGUGCGAAUGCAGAUGACCAAAAUAUUAAUUUU